CGAGCUGAGGUGGUGAGAGAAGAGCUCCCGGAUGUGGAGAAGCUGGGGAGGAGGCGUGGGAGGAAGAUGGACUCGGUGGAGAAGGGGGCCGCCACCUCCGUCUCCAACCCGCGGGGGCGGCCGUCCCGGGGUCGGCCGCCGAAGCUGCAGCGCAACUCCCGCGGCGGCCAGGGCCGGAGUGUGGAGAAGCCCCCGCAUCUGGCGGCCCUUAAUUCUGGCCCGGGGGCGGCAGCAAGGGCAUUCCCUUUGAAGAACAUUUAAGCAUCUUGGGGGGGGGUCCCGCUCAUUGGCUGGGUCCUGCGUGCGGCCCUUGACUCGGGGGUCUUCCAAAGUGUGUGGGUUUCAACGGACCAUGAUGAAAUUGAGAAUGUGGCCAAACAGUUUGGUGCACAAGUUCAUCGAAGAAGUUCUGAAGUUUCAAAAGACAGCUCUACCUCAUUAGAUGCCAUUGUAGAAUUUCUUAGUUAUCACAAUGAGGUUGACAUUGUAGGUAAUAUUCAAGCUACUUCUCCAUGUUUACAUCCUACUGACCUUCAGAAAGUUGCAGAAAUGAUUCGAGAAGAAGGAUAUGAUUCUGUUUUCUCUGUUGUGAGGCGCCAUCAAUUUCGAUGGAGUGAAAUUCAGAAAGGAGUUCGUGAAGUGACUGAACCUCUGAAUUUGAAUCCAGCUAAACGACCUCGUCGACAAGAUUGGGAUGGAGAGUUAUAUGAAAAUGGCUCAUUUUAUUUUGCUAAGAGACAUUUGAUAGAGAUGGGUUACUUACAGGGUGGAAAAAUGGCCUACUAUGAAAUGCGCGCUGAGCACAGUGUGGACAUAGAUGUGGAUAUUGAUUGGCCUAUUGCGGAACAACGAGUAUUAAGAUAUGGCUAUUUUGGCAAAGAGAAGUUUAAGGAGAUAAAACUUUUGGUUUGCAGUAUUGAUGGAUGUCUCACCAAUGGCCACAUUUAUGUAUCAGGAGACCAAAAAGAAAUAAUAUCUUAUGAUGUAAAAGAUGCUAUUGGCAUAAGUUUAUUAAAGAAAAGUGGUAUUGAGGUGAGAUUAAUCUCAGAAAGGGCCUGUUCAAAGCAGACACUCUCUUCCUUAAAACUGGAUUGCAAAAUGGAAGUCAAUGUACCGGACAAGCUAGCAGUUGUAGAUGAAUGGAGAAAAGAAAUGGGCCUGUGCUGGAAAGAAGUGGCAUAUCUUGGAAAUGAAGUGUCUGAUGAGGAGUGCCUGAAGAAAGUGGGCCUAAGUGCUGUUCCUGCUGAUGCCUGUUCCACGGCCCAGAAGGCUGUCGGGUAUAUUUGCAAGUGUAAUGGUGGCCGUGGUGCCCUCCGAGAGUUUGCAGAGCACAUUUUCCUACUAAUGGAAAAGGUUGUGAAUUCCUGCCAAAAAUAGAAGUUAGUAUAAUGUGGGGGGAAAGUAUACAGCCUUCUUCAGCUAUUUUACUUUUAUUUUUGAUUAAGUACAAUUCCAUGUUUUAAUGUUAUAGACAAUGUGACUUGAUUUGUGAUAUAUCUUCAUAUCUUUUAAAGCAAAGUCUUCUCAAGUUGUCUCUCCAAAACCUUCUGUGAAAUAAUUGUGCUGUACUUUUCUCUUUAUGCAAGAUAAUUAUUUAGAGAUUGAUUUACAGUCUUUCUCACAUUUUUAGUAAAUGCAAGUAAGAACAUGAUCAAAAUUGACUUUGUAUUGUACCCUGUAAAACUGUGUGUUUGUGUGCUUUUGAUGAUGCUGAUAUUUUAUUUAUUUGGGGGCAGUGUAUCUGGUAAGACAUGCUCUUCUAUUAAUUAAAAAAUACAUUUCACAGACUUGAUGAAAACUGCCUUGUUGCUAUAGAAAAAAUUUUACCGAACAUGCUCUGAUUCCUUUAAACACUGACCGUGCAAUGAGUGUGAGAAACAAACCACUAACUACUGGGUGUAAAACUCCUGAUUAUAGCACAUAUACAAAGUGCAGAUAAUCCGAAGAAUUGUUGUGAAGAUUGUUUGCAGUUACCUUGAGGUCAUGGUAAUUAUGUAUACUAAAUUUGGCUCUCAUCACAAUUUUAUAGCCACCACAAUUACUCUCCUACCUAGUUAGAUUCUAAGAAUCGGACAUUAUCUCAUAAAUAUGGACAUUUACCUAAUAAACUAACCAUUUCCUGUGGGA